AUGAAUCAAUCCAUGGAAUCCUCUGAGUUAGAAAAACAAGAUAAAUUGAUUAAACCUGUGACAUCAGAUAAUUCAGCUCUACGCAUAACGCCAAGUACACGGGCAACAGGAUUACAUGCAAUUCUUGUUAACCCUCGACAAAAAAAGAAUCCAGUAUUAGAACAUAUCCGUAAUGUACCAUGGGAAUAUGGAGACAGUCCUGCAGAUUAUGUGCUAGGUGCAGGAACAUGUGCACUUUUUCUGAGCCUACGAUACCAUUUAUUAUACCCGGGAUACAUCUACCAUCGCCUACAGAACUUGGGGAAGGGGUAUCGACUGCGUAUCCUUCUUAUUUUAGUUGAUUAUGUAAAACAUGAUCCUAUAGAAGACUGCCACGAAACAGCCCUCCGUGAACUUACCAAAACGUGUAUCAUCAACGAUGCAACGCUAAUACUUUCAUGGAGUUUUGCAGAAGCAGGUCGUUAUCUGGAAACAUACAAAUCGCUUGAACACGCAUCAUUCAGUAUAAUACAAGGCAAAUCUCAUGAAGAUUAUUAUAGUAAACUUGUGGAAUGUUUUACCAGUAUACGCUAUAUUACGAAAGACGACACAUAUGCCAUGCUUAGCAAUUUCCGGAGUAUCAAGAAAGCUGUAAAUGCCGAAAAAGAAGAAAUUCUAAUGAUCGGUGGCUGGGGUGAACAAAAAGCAAAUCUGUUCAAAAAGACUGUAACACAACCGUUUAUUGUAAAGGAUUCGGAAAAACAGUAA